UUGUUGACACUCGUGCAUGUUGAACGUUGUUUUCGCAACGACCACGCGGCGUAUGUGUAAUAUUCGCAUUGUUUCACUCGCAGUCUGUUUUGGGCGACAGUUCGCGCUUAUUGGAUUUUGGCGCAAGUAGCAAAAAAAGCCGGUUAAAGUGUUAACAGCAUGUGAUGGCACAUGUCUGUGUAUAUAACUGAGAGUGUGUGUUGUGUGUGUGGCUGUAGGUGUGUGUGUAUGUGUGUGUGUGUGUGUGUAUGAAAUACUUAGCUACAGCAUUCUUUCUGUGCGAAACAAAACAUAACGAAAUUCCAAGAAAAUUAACUUGGCUCAUUCUUUUCACUGUUUCUGCAUUCGUUGUCGCUGCUCGCAACUGGGCUAAUUGAUGUUUGUUUGAAAUAAAACAAACCAAGUACAAUAAAAAUACAAAACACACACAAGUGGCUCAAACCCUAAUGAACGUGCAACAAUAGCCUUUGAGUGAGUGGCAGCGAAAGCGAGGCACGCGAUGAAUGCAACAAGAACGCGGACUGCAAUUCUCUGAAUCAAGCGCAAUUAAAAAAAAAAUAAAAAAAAAUCAAAGAUAGCUGGUAGCAAAGUAGUCACCUAGUCAGUGGAGUACGCCGUGUCAUCAAGCCAACGCGUCAGCCUUGGAGCAGCCAAUGCAACCUGCACAGACAUCGUCAUCGUUAGAAGAGACUACCAACAACACAAAAUGCUGAUACUGCUGCCGUUGCUGAGUAUAUUUGGUAAUAGUCUCAUUGCUGGAGUCGAGGCGAAUUUGAGCUUAGGCUUUAAGGUCAUCAGACUGCCAAGGCAUAUAAAUCCCGCCAAUUGCAGCGUUGGCAACACAACAUUUGCACAUGGAGCCACAUUUAAAUUGGAUUGUAAAACUCAAUGCGUUUGCGAGAAUGGCCGCCACGCCUGCUCCACACUGUGCCCCAAUGAGCAGCUGCCGGCGCCAGAGGAUACGAUUUCGUGCAGAUCACCGCGUCUCGUCGAGGUGCCCGGCCACUGUUGCAAAAUGUGGCUCUGUGAGAAUCCAACAGCUGAUGUCUAUGCCACCUGCCACAACAGCAGCACCAGCGGCAACUGGACGGGUUGCAGUCGAGCCUGUGGCCUGGGCAUGGCCACAAGAUACACCAGCACCCAUGCCGGCUGCCAUCAAUUGAGCAAUUUACGGCUCUGCGAGAAUCGCAGAUGUGGCCAGGACAAUAAGAACAGCAACAGCAACAGCUACAGCAACGGCAAGAGCAACAGCCACAAUAGACUAUUAGCCAAUGAGCUGCAGCACAAUUUGGCCCGGAGCCAGCUUCAUCAGCUGCAUCAUCAUAAGCGUGAAAGGGUACGGGAGCAUGAUAUGCAACAGGAGGAGCCAGCGCAUAGAAUAAGAAAGGGUCACGAGUGCCGGAGAUUACAGCGCCUGGGGCCGGCAAGGAUUCGACUGGGCGAGUGUGUCUCUCGCAAACUGUAUCGACCCAAACUAUGUGGCAGCUGCCAUCGUGGCACCAAGUGCUGUGUACCCGCUGCAUCAACAACAAUACAAGUCGAGCUACUGUGUCCUUUAAAUGCCGUUGAUCCAAUUAACUACGUUCAAAAGCGAACACAACACUACAAGCAACAGGACGAUGCGGCUGAUGGAGGCGAAAGUAGUCGACAGCCGAAGGACCAGUUGUGGGAUACCAUCGCCUUGGAACCCAUCGAUCAGGAAUUUCUGCAAUCACGUCAAAUACAAAUUGAAAAUAAAUUCAUUGCCAUCGAAUGGAUACUGAAAUGUGAAUGCAGCAAUAAUUUUUGCAGUGCUGACAGUGGUGAGAGAAACAACAGUAAUGCCAGCAAAUAUGGUUACUACAAUCACAACAACUACAACAACAACAAACAUAAUUUGCAGCAUGUACAACAAAAAAGUCAGAAACAACAAAGGCAAAAUUACCAUGAAACUAAUGGCGUACAAAAUGAGCUAACCCCAAAACACGAUGCAUCCGACGAUAGUUUACUAAGGGUCGACGCCGAGGAGGCAAAUGGAGAAGGAGAUGAGGAUGGUAAUGGGGAUGUCGCUAACAAUUUCAACAGUAAUAAUAAUGGCAACGAUGAGACAUCGUCGUCGGAGCAACAACCCGAUAUUAUACCCUAUCCUUUGGGUGUGGGUGAGACAAGCUGGAAAGGCGAAAAACUACGAAGACAACAACAGAAACAACAACAGCAACAACAGCAGCAACAACAGCAGCAGCAACAACAGCGAUGGAAACGCACAUAGCGUAAAAUGAGACUUAGACAAUUCUCUCGCAAGCGAUAAAAUUGGUCAGUUGGACCGUAGAUCUUAAGAUUUGUACAGCCUAGCGAUAUAUAAAUGUAUUUUGAAAUAUUGGAAAAGAAAAUCGAGAAUUGAUGAUGA